AUGGGGGCCGGAGCGAGCGCCGAGGAGAAGCACUCCAAAGAGCUGGAGAGGAAGCUGAAGGAGGAUGCCGACAAGGAUGCCAGAACUGUCAAGCUGCUGCUGCUAGGUGCUGGAGAAUCAGGCAAAAGCACAAUCGUCAAACAGAUGAAAAUUAUCCACCAAGAUGGUUACUCGCUUGAAGAGUCCAUGGAGUUCAUCGUCAUCAUCUACAGCAACACCCUGCAGUCCAUCAUGGCCGUUGUGAAGGCCAUGGGCACAUUCAACAUUAACUUUGGCCACUCUGAUCAGCAGGAUGACGCCAGGAAACUCAUGCAUCUUGCAGACACCAUCGAGGAAGGCUCCAUGCCCAAAGAGUUGUCAGACAUCAUCCUGCGCCUGUGGAAGGACACUGGCAUCCAGCAAUGCUUCGAUAGAGCCUCCGAGUACCAACUCAACGACUCCGCUGGAUACUACCUGAGUGACUUGGAGCGGCUGGUGCAGCCAGGCUAUGUGCCCACUGAGCAGGACGUGCUGCGAUCAAGAGUGAAGACCACCGGUAUCAUCGAGACCACGUUUGGCCUCAAAGACCUGAACUUUAGAAUGUUCGAUGUGGGUGGCCAGAGGUCAGAGAGGAAGAAGUGGAUCCACUGUUUCGAAGGCGUGACCUGUAUCAUCUUCAUCGCUGCUUUGAGCGCCUACGACAUGGUGCUGGUGGAGGAUGAUGAAGUGAAUCGAAUGCACGAGAGUCUGCACUUGUUCAACAGUAUCUGCAACCAUCGCUACUUCCUCGCCACCUCCAUUGUCCUCUUCCUCAACAAGAAAGACGUGUUUCUUGAGAAGAUCAAGAAAGCUCAUCUCAGCAUGUGCUUCCCUGACUACGAUGGGCCCAACACCUUCGAGGACGCUGGUAACUACAUCAAACUGCAGUUUUUGGAUCUGAACAUGCGCAAAGAUAUCAAAGAAGUCUACUCUCACAUGACCUGCGCCACAGACACAGAGAACGUCAAGUUUGUGUUUGACGCUGUAACCGACAUCAUCAUCAAAGAGAACCUGAAAGAUUGUGGUCUCUUCUAA